CGCCUUUCUCCUUGACAAGGGUGCUGUGAAAAAUGCGUGUUCAGCUUGCCGUCUUCCUGUUCGUGCUGUCUUCUGCUCCGCCUGCGUUUUAUGCAUUCAACGUUGACACCGCAAACCCUGACAUCUACAAUGGGGAGCGAAGCGCUUUCUUUGGGUACAAGGUGCUUCAGUUUGCGUCUGGCUCCGAGAAGGGGAUACUUGUCACUGCACCGCUGCAGAACAAUGGAUCUGGGGGAGUUUGCAAACCAGAGCACAACCAAGACAACAAGUGCUUCCACCCUGCAGGACUUUCCCUCAAAGACGACGGCGUACAAACCAAGCACCUUGGACUGUCCAUCGCUGAAGAUGCCGCACGUUCUCAAUUUACCGUUUGCAGCCCUUAUGUAGCUCACGAAUGUUACGACAACUCCUACCUGAACAGUGUGUGCUACGAGAUGACGCAGGAUCUUCAGGAAAUAUCCUCCUUCAAACCCAUUUUCCAAGAAUGCAGAAAGAAGAGCGUAGAGCUCGUCUUUCUUUUUGAUGGAUCCGGGAGUAUGGAUGAGGAUGAUUUUAGAAAAAACAAAGACUUUAUAAAGGAUGUCAUGGACAACCUCAGGAACACAUCCAUCAAGUUUGCAGCAGUUCAGUUCGCCACAUAUUUUAGGACAGUCUUUGAUUUCACCGACUAUCUCAAUGGGAGCGCUCGGCAAAAACUUGAUGAAGAACCACACAUGUUGGACCUCACCAAUACCCACGAAGCCCUGGCAUUCGUUUUGAAAAACCUCUUUGAAAACAGACAAGCAGGUGCCUCAGCCGACGCGAGGAAAGUUCUGGUCCUGAUCACAGACGGAGAACCCAGUGACAGUGAUGACGAGAUUAUUAACACGUAUAACGCAGCACGCAUCAUUCGAUUUGUCAUUGGGGUGAAAGACGUCAGCCUGGAUAAAGUCAAGGCUCUUGCCUCAGACCCCAAAGACAAAUAUGCCUUUAAAAUUGAGCAGUAUGACGGACUCAGAGAAUUACUGGAAAAUUUUCAAAAACACAUCUUCAGCAUGGAAGGAGACACCAAAGUUGCUCGGGCAGAAGACAUGACCGAUGAGAUGUCCCAGAGCGGAUUCAGUGCUGCAUUCUACAAGGACACGUUGAUCCUGGGUUCAGUGGGGUCAAACAGCUGGCGUGGUGCUCUGUACGAACGUCGUGGUCAAACAGACACACGGAUUCAAGAUUCACACAUGCAGAUGGACUCUUACAUGGGAUACUCUGUUUCUGUGGGACAGAUGAACAACGUUCCUCUAUAUUUCGCGGGUGCUCCAAGAUUUCAGCACACGGGACAAGUACUACUCUUCAGACACAACGGGAGCAGCUGGGAGGCAAGCCAAAGAAUAAAUGGGGAUCAGAUUGGUUCCUACUUUGGGGCCGAGCUGUGCACAUUGGAUGUGGACUCAGACGGUAACAGCGACUUCCUCCUGGUGGGAGCGCCAUUGUUUUACCACCCUCAGGAGAGGUCUGAGGGACGGCUCUACGUUUACACGCUGACGGAUGAGAUCCUGCUGAGGAGGGAAAUGAACAUGACCGCAGUGUCCAUGGGGAGGUUCGGCUCCAGCAUUGCUAGUCUUGCAGAUCUCAACGGAGAUAGACUCAGAGAUGUUGCAGUCGGGGCCCCUCUUGAAGACUCUAAUGCGGGGGCAGUGUACAUCUUUCUUGGGGACAGGCAAAGAGGGAUACGCAGCAUUUUUAGUCAGAGAAUCAUGGGCCAGAAAAUAAAGCCUGGGAUCAGAUUCUUUGGACAGGCCAUCAGUGGAAGCAUAGACCUUGGAGAUGAUGGUCUCCCAGACCUGGUGAUUGGAUCGUAUGGGACCGCUGUUGUCCUCAGGUCCAGGCCGGUUGUGAGUGUGAGGGCUCGUCUGUCUUUUAAACCUAAGGAGAUUAGUGUUGACCAAAUCGACUGCUCAGUCAACACAGACCUGAUUUUACCAAUGGUUACCUUAAAUGUCUGCUUCGAUAUGAUGGAAACAACAACUACAGCAGGAGCAAUGAAGGCUGGAUUGAACAUUUCAUACACACUCAACGUGGAUCCAAUGAGACAAUCACAUCGAGGUUUCUUCAGGGACAGGAAAACCAGGAGUCUUUCUUUCACGUAUGAACUGCUGAAUGAGGAAACAUGCUUCCAGUACUUCAUCAACAUGACAAAAUGUGUGAAAGACACGCUGUCGCCCGUCAGCAUCAAAUUAAACUUCUCCCAGGAGGACAGUCAGAGUGCAGGCACUGUCCUCAACGUGGACGGAAAAACACAAGCUGUGGCUGAGGUUCCUUUUGAAAGGCAGUGUCGAAAAAACGACACCUGCAUUGCUGAAAUCGAGAUGGAUUUUGGAUUAUUGAGCCCAACGUUACUGGUUGCUGAAGAUAACUACUUUAACAUGUCUGUUACAAUAUCUAAUCACGGUGACGACUCUUACAACACCAGCCUUACAUUCUACUAUCCUCCGGGACUCUCCUUCUCCAGCAUGCACCAGAUUAUGACACAGGCCACAAGACGGACGCUCUACAACUGCGAUGAUAUGGAAGGAGUAACUGACAAAACCAUAUGUGGUAUCAGCCUUCCUGUGUAUCGCAGCAGAUCAUCAGCAACAUUUCAAACUUGGUUCCACAUAAUCACAGAUUAUGAGUGGAAUGACACAACUCAGAUUGGUGUCACUGGUCAAAGCGAUAACAACAAUGGCUCUGUGGCUGCGCUGACCAAAAGGCUCCCAGUACAAUUUGAAAUUAAAAUGGCAAUAACAGUGAAAGAGGAGACCACCGCUUAUUUGAAAUUUACAGAAGAGGACACCGCCCCUAAAAGAAUGAUUAUUAAAUACAAGGUGGAUAAUCCUGGCUGGAAGACUUUUCCUGUCAACGUGUCCUUGAGCUUCCCAACCAAACUGCAGUAUAACUUUGAAAUGGAGAAUUAUCAAGUCUUGGUACAACAGAACCAAACUCGAUGUGAGAGCGUUGCUGGAAUGAUUUCGGAACAUUGCUCCCCGGAACAAAGCUGCCAAAGCGUACAGUGUGACUCCUUCAUGCUGAGCAAAGAGGCUUCCACUGAGAUUACGUUGUCCGGAGACAUUCAGUUCAGGGAGCUUGACCAGCGUGCACGGAACAACGCAUUUCUGAAAAGAUACACUGGAGAGAGUGCAGAGGUGACGUUCAGGAGUGCCAUACAUGUUGAGUUCAACCAUCAACGAUAUGUGCUGGCUUCUCAUAAACCACAGAAUAAUGGCCUGGCAAAGGAGGAGAAGGAUGCCUUGUGGAACGACAACGAUCCCACCAAGAAACGGGUUGAGGUUCGAGUUGAGUUCAUCAUUUCUCCUGAUCAACACCUGAUCAUUUCAAGCGGAACUGGACUGGGACUUUUGCUUCUGAUUAUCAUUACCGUCGUCAUGUAUAAGCUUGGGUGCUUCAAGAGAAAAACAGUCCAGUAUUAUCAACAGCAGGAAGAGGUGGCUGCUCUUCAGCCGGAAGCCCCCCCGCAGAACAACGGCCUCGGCAGCCAGUCUGAAGACGGCCCACCUGCGGAGGAAAAAACUCUUCUUGAAGGCGACCAGUCGGCUGACAGAGAGCUGGUGCUGGAUUAAGCUGAACGACGACUGGACUGCAAGAGCAAGAUCAUUAUUGACGUUGCUUCACAAGAUGUUUUAUGCAUGUCAUUAGAUAAGGAAGCAUGACCCCCCCAGUGCACAAAGCCAGGUUCAUACAAGCACGGUUGGACUUCCUGUCAAACCACAGACUGCACCAACAUUAGAGAUGCAAGGUUCUUCUAUCUGUUCUUCUAUCACUUCCCAAACACACUCCACAUUCUUGUAGAACGCUGUAGAAGACAAUGAGCGUGCGUGUACUAUCGUCGUGCACUAAACGUAACCAGUACUUGACAAGGUGUGAAUAAGUUGUUUUGUGUCAAUGUGCACCAAUUACGGUCACGAAUUGCUUGUCAAGUCUAAUUUAUGCUAAAACAGAUCGCAAACCGUGCCCCAACAAGUCUGAAUGCUUUUCAGGUGUGCCAUAAAUACACUGCUCAAAAAAAUGAGAGGAACACUUCAAAAACACAUCAGAUCUAAA